UAAUGAAUAUUUGUGCUCACGGAAGUAAUAAAAUUAGUAGAGUAACAAAAUAAAAUGUGUGAUCAUUGUGACGAUUCGUGUAAUCAAUUGGAGGCAGAAGCGCUGCAUAAUAACGAACAGUUGUUGAAUUUUAAAGUACGCAGUAAACAUAUCGACUGGCAUAUGUAUGUAAAGCCCCUUCGACCACGCUACGCAAAGCCAAUUUAUUUAAAAAAGCAGUUCAAUCUCUUAAGUAACUAUAACGAGCAAAUAGAUGACAGCAAUCGUAGAGAGUUACUGCUUUGCCACGACAUGAUGGGCAACUAUUUGGAAGAUAGGCAUUUUAAUUCGUCGAAAAAAUUUGAUGAUUAUCGUUUCUACCAUUGGUCCGGUGUGGAUUAUUUCUGUUACUUUAGUCAUCAUUAUGUAACAAUACCGCCAUGUGGAUGGAUUAAUGCAGCUCAUAAGCACGGAGUGAGAGUUCUAGGUACGUUUAUAACCGAAGGUCACACUGGUGACCAACUUUUACAUGAUGUAUUAGCAUCACGCGAAAUGGUAAAUAAUAUUGUAAGCGCUAUGGUGAAAUUAUGUAAACAUUACGGUUUCGAGGGUUGGCUGGUCAACAUUGAAUGUAAAGUGAAUUCGAACGAUAUGGAAAAUUUAUAG